AUGUCUAAGCGUAAGAAUUUUAACACGCGGAGGGCGUGUUUGCGCAAAGCCCCUAGGGACCAUACACAUAUUGGACUUUGUGUGAUGUACUGCGGCACGGCGUUCCGAGGACUGCAGUUGCAGGCGCACGCACCGACUCACCAUACGGUUGAGGGUGUUUUGAUUCAAGCGUUGAAAGAUGCCGGUAUCGUCGAUGGCGUACAGCGGGGUCGUGUGAGCGGGGAAGAGCAUCAUUUUGCUCGUUCGUGCCGUACGGAUCGCGGUGUGCAUGCCGUGAGGAAUCUCGUUUGCUUGUUUGUGCCGAACAGCAAACUUGAAGCUGCCGGUGGUUGUGACAGACUCCCACAGCUUCUAAACGCACAUCUCCCCUCAACUGUGCGUGUGGAACGCGUGACAACCGUUAUGGGUGAUUUCAUCCCCCGUUUCUGUUGCGUUAGCCGUAUAUACCGUUAUAUGAUCCCGGUGUAUGCCCUUUUGUCACCCUGUAGUUCAUGGAAUGAAUUUUACGCAGAGUUCCCACAGGCUGUCGAGACGCUGCGGUGCCGCGCUCAAGGGGGCUCUUUCAUCGACCUCUGCCCAAAUGAAGAGGAUAAACUACUUGCUGCAUUGAGAGACGUUGUGUCUCGGGGGAAUGGGUUGCUCGCUCAUCAUGUGGUGGGGACCCACCGUUUUCACAACUUUUCGGCAUCCCCAGGGGAGCGAUAUGGUCACGGAUGGAACAGGAAGGUGGUUAUGCCCAAUGACAAUACCUCAGUGCGUACCGUUAUGCGAUGCGAAAUAGCACCGCGCCUGUUUCUGUUCCCGCAGGAAACCAUCGGACCGACCCGGUCAGAAUAUGCAAAAUCGCUGAAGAUAUUCGAAGGUGAUACCGCUGCGGAAGGGGAAAGGGUGGUAGCAGUGUCUGAGAGGACCUUCCCCGAGACGGCGCUUCUGCCGUACCUUCUGUUUCAGAUUGAGGGCAGGUCAUUCCUGUUCAACAUGAUACGAAAGAUUGUUGGUCUCAUCAUCGCUGUACUGCGUGGUGCGAGGGAGUCGCUCAUGCAAGAAACCCUGUCUGCUGAGCGGCACGCGUUGUGUCCGCUGGCACCCGGCUCGUUUUUGUACCUUUUUCACUCUUUCUACACUUCGUAUGACAACAGAGUCCGCCGCAGUGGGAGUACGCGGUUCUGUCCGCUGGAAGAUGAGUGGACUGGAGAAGUCGGAGAAGCUGCUUCCGCUUUUGCGGUAACGAGCAUUGCGGCAGAUGUUAUUGACCUCGACAUGAACCGUGUUCCUGCCCUCGGUACGCUUCUUAGUGCGAUAGACGCACAACGACGUGUGACUCGCCCCUGUUGGGAGGAAGAAGAUGCUCACCUUACCUCAAUGAAAGAAUUUCACCCAGCUGUUGUAGAGCCCCAUCCUUCAUGCUCAGAAAUGACCACCUUUCUGCGGUCGUUACGCGUGCAUAACUGGGGGUUGUCGCAAGUAAAACAACCUGUCCAGUGCGGGAAAAACAAACCCCUCGACACGGAUAAUGGAAAGGAAAGCAUCACUGGCUGCGAAGGGGUGAAACAACAGCGCGCUUCUGGUGAUGGUUGUGUGGUAGAUGAAGGGCAAGUACGGAAGAGAGCGCGCAAGGAGGAGUGCAUGUGUGAAGGUUGUGAUGGCACACCCUUCAGCCGGGAAACCCACACGUUAGGGGAGGAGGAGGUUGAUGACGGUUGGCUCUACGUGGCGUCAACGCUGGAGGAGGAGCAACGUCUGCGGCAUGAGCAUCACAAACGGGUGCGCCGCUCACGAGCGUGGGAUGGUACCGCGCACGGCGGUGGUGUGGAAGUUGCUUUUCAUAGUGAUGGUGAUGGCGGCGGAAGCGAGUGA